AUGGCUGUUCCCAUCGAGCCCAUCGAUUUACUUUGCGGUUGGCCCAACCCAGCGCUCCUCCCCGCCCCCGAUCUCCUCCGCUCCGCCACAACCGUGCUGACCGACCCCUGCAUUGCGCAUUCCGGUCUACUGUACGGCCCGGAUGAGGGCUAUGAGCCUCUUCGUGUCCACAUAGCCAAGUGGCUGGAGAACUGGUAUCAGCCUCGCGAGUCUAUUAACCCGCAUCGUAUUUGCAUCAGCGGUGGAGCCAGUCAGAACCUCGCGUGUAUCCUUUCCGUCUUUACCGACCCUCUAUACACCCGAAAUGUCUUUAUGGUCGAUCCGACCUACCACCUCGCUGGCCGCAUCAUGGAUGAUGCCGGUUUCGCCGGGCGAGUACGUGGGGUACCGGAAGAUGAUCAAGGAUUCGAUCUCCAGUUCCUCACCAAUCUGCUGGACGAAGCGGAGAGACGGGCGCAGGCAGAGGGAAAUACGGAACCGAAACUGAAACCUGCUCGGCCAUGGCGCAAGAUAUACAAAUAUGUCAUCUACGCCGUCCCCACAUUCGCCAACCCCUCCACCAAAAUCAUGUCUUUACAUCAUAGGGAAGAAUUAGUGCGCUUAGGUCGCAAGUAUGAUGCGCUACUGGUGACGGACGAUGUCUACGACUGCCUGCAAUGGUCAGCUACGCGCGGGGAGGAAGCGCCGAUACACGCGUGCCUACCCCGACUCGUGGACAUUGAUCGCUAUCUAGAUGGCGGCCUGGCAGACGAAUGGGGCCACGCAAUUAGCAACGGUAGUUUCAGCAAACUGAUCGGACCCGGGGCUCGCACUGGGUGGGCGGAGUCGACGGAAAAGGUUGCGUACGGAUUGAGUCAAGUAGGGUCGUCUCGGUCUGGUGGAGCUCCCUCACAACUAUGCUCAACUAUAAUCGAUCAACUGCUACCAUCGGGCUUCCUUGAAAAACACAUCUCGCAGGUCCUACAACCCGCAUAUGCAGAACGGUAUCACGAACUUUCUACCGCCAUCCAAAAAUAUCUAGUUCCACUUGGAGUCAAGGUUGCUACACCGUCUACAGAAGUCGCGGGCGGGUAUUUCAUCUGGAUUACCCUGCCAUACCCGCUCCGCGCGGCAGAAAUCGUGGCGAGGGCCCAGAAGGAACAAAAUCUGCGCCUAAUGUGUGGCGAUGUUUUCCAAGUGGCUGAUGAAACGUCGGGUCCAGCAGAUCGCUUUGGAGACUGCAUUCGCCUUUGCUUCGCGUGGGAAGAGCGGCGUCAUCUGACUGAGGGUGUGCGUAGGCUCGCACACGUCAUGCAGGCCGCUGUAUGA